CUUUAUAUCAGAAGAGAAUCCUUGUCCAAAUCCAAUAUGGUUGCACAGUUACCUGCUUUUGGGUAGAUACACACAUACACAUGAUAUAUAUAUAUAUAUAUACCAGACCUCCUCUUGUGCCUCCUCUGCUUCCAUCAAAACUCUCAUUUCUCAUUUCUCAUUUCUCAUUUCUCAUUUGUUUUUUUUCUGUUGAGUUUGAUUUCUAGAAACUAAAAGUUAUGAUUGAUCCUCAAUCACCAAUCUCACCUCACCUAUACCCACAAGCAAUUCAACUCAAACUUUACCAAGCCUUCAUCUUCUCCAUUCCCAUCUUAUUCUCCAUCAUUCUCUUCCUCUUGUUCUAUCUUUUUUACCUUAAGAGAAGAGCCUCUUCUCUCUCCUCACCUUCUCCAAUGACUCUUCCUGUUUCCUCGAGCCACCAGGCUUCUCCUCAUCUCCCCUCGGUUUGUUUGUUAGAUGUGAAAGUAGAGCUGAAAGAAAAGCUUCAUGUCGUUUUGUUCAAUGAGGAAUUAGGAACAAGAGAUUCUCUAUGUUGCGUAUGUUUGGGAGAAUUUGAGUUGAAGGAAGAGUUGGUGGAAAUGCCUUCAUGCAAACACAUAUUUCAUCUCGAUUGUAUUCACCUUUGGCUUUAUUCUCACACCACUUGCCCUCUCUGUCGCUCCUCUGUCUUAAUCUCUUCGACCAAAACCUCUGUCGACGACGACAACAACCAACCAGAUUCUCUUGAAACGUCACCGGUUUGACUCAUUAACCCCGAAGAAAUAAGCAGUUACAAGUUUUGUUAGUCAAUAGAUCAAAUACAAAAAUGUAAAUCUUAAUUUUGCUUGUUCAAGAGAUGAACAUGUAUACCAUCCAUCACAUUACAUAUUGGUUACAUACAUAGAAAAGGUUUAAAGUUUUAAGAGUCAACUCUAUGAAGCCAAAGAUGAAUAAGUAGACUCCUCUAAUCAACCACAUCAUUUGAUCAUUCCACCAGCAGCCACGACAAGUUCAUCCUUCUAAUGCGAGGUCUAAUAGAUAUUGCACAUAUGCACCGAGGAACAAA